AUGUUCGUCACUCGCCCCGCUCGCGCCAACAUUCUCGUCCCCGUCAAGCGUGCCAUUGACUACGCUGUCAAGAUCCGCAUCGCCAAGGACGGCAAGGGCGUCGACACCAAUGUCAAGUACUCGAUGAACCCCUUCGACGAGAUUGCCAUGGAGGAGGCCGUCCGCAUGAAGGAGAAGGACAAGAGCCACAAGGUCACUGCGAUCACCGUUGGCCCCGCCAAGGCCAUCGACACCCUCCGCACCGCCCUUGCCAUGGGUGCCGACAACGCCAUCCACGUCCAGGUUGGCGAGACCGACGUCGUUGAGCCCCUCGCCGUCGCUCAGAUCAUCAAGAAGAUCGCCGAGCGUGACGGCAGCGACCUCAUCAUUGCCGGCAAGCAGGCUAUUGACGACGACACUGGUUCUACCGGUGGUAUGCUCGCCGGUCUCCUCAACUGGCCCCAGGCCCAGUUCGCCUCCAAGCUCGAGGUCUCGGCCGACGGCACUGUCAAGGUCGUCCGCGAGAUUGACGGUGGCCUCGAGACCCUCGAGACCAAGCUCCCUCUCAUUGUCACCACUGACCUGCGUCUCAACGAGCCCCGCUACCCCUCUCUUCCCAACAUUAUGAAGGCGAAGAAGAAGAAGUCGGAGGCCAUCAAGCCCGCCGACCUCGGUGUCGACAUUACUCCCCGCCUCGAGACCAUCUCGGUCGAGAACCCCCCUGAGCGCCAGGGCGGUGGCAAGGUCGAGUCGGUCCAGGAGCUUGUUGCCAAGCUCAAGGAGGCUGGUGUCAUCUAA